AUGUUCCUCAUGCGUGGAACGGCCUUCCGGUCCCAACGGGCCAUGAAGGAAGGGCCCGCCGGCAAUAGGUUGUCCCUCGGAGUACGGGCCCUGCGGGAACUGAUCAACAUGUUCCACAACCGUGAUGCCACCGACCGCCGGGACAAGGUGUAUGCCCUUCUCGGCAUGAGUUCCGACGCUCCAGCCAGUCUUUCUCCCGACUACACGGUCCCGUGGAGUGACCUACUCCGGCGUCUCACCGGCAACCUGUUUGGAGGACGGGCAUCCGUCGAGGCGUGGGAUGACAGCGAUGUCUUUGUGUUCACGACAAAGGCUCGCUUCCUGGGAGUCGUUGACAGAACCCCGAACCGCCCAAACACCAAGGACUGGGCAGGUGGCGGAGAGGCGAGAAUACAGUGGUCACCUGCAGCCAGGCAUUCCAAGACCGAACGACUUCAUUUCUCCUACGUCAACUACGGCGCCUCGGCCAGGCGGACCUUGAGCGGCGACAAUCUCUGUUCUAUCGAGGGCGUGUCGGCUCCGAUGAUUGUCAGGUUGUACGGAAACAAUCUUGUUCUUGUCUCGACCUCGGUCACCUUCCAAGACGACAUCCAUCUGCAUGCGACACAGCCGCUGACGUGGUCGCCCGAGACAGCCCACUGUUAUCACAAUGUUUCGAUUAUCUGGGACUGGGGAAGUUCGUCUGCCGAUCUGACAGACAGCCAGCAAUGGUCGUUCGGAACCCAACUUCCUCAUGGCUGGACUCAAACGGCCGAGACGAUGGAGGGCGCCGCCUUGCUGCUGCGGGACGCUUCACGCUACAGCAAAGCAGCUGACCUCUGCCAUAUGGCCAUUGAAGCUUACACGGCCAGGAAGAGCUCGCGUACGCUUGCCUCCGUCAAGACGCUCAAGUCGAUAUACGGGCUCUGGGGGGACAAACUGGGUGUGCCGGCGGUGGAAGACUUUCUCCAGAGAGGUCUCAACUACCUAGACUUGCCGGAAAAACGGGUAGGCCUCGUUGGGAAAAUCGACGAUUCGGCUUUCGACAGGUUUCUCACCCGACGACCUCACAGCAAACAAGCUACCGGUGAAGUAGCGCUUAAAGUGCUAGCAGCCUCUAGGCGCCUGGAUAGAUUUAAGCUACUCCUCGACCGUUGGGGAGGUGACAUUAACAUCACGCAAGACGUGGUAGACACAGCGACGCGAAACAGUCGACACUCACACGAGAUGAUGAAGCUCAUUUUCAGCCGACAGCAAGAUCUUGACAGCAAGAUCUCGACAUGA